AGGGAGUGGACGUGGGAGUGGGAGGAGGGGGAGAGGCGUUGAGUCCACUUCACGUCGACACAACACAAGAGUGCACAGAAGGAGGAGGACCGUUGGAGGAGCAUCUUCCCUUUGCCAGGCUGGCUCUGGCUCCCCUUCCUCCAUCAUCUCCUAUAGUGUGAGUGUGCGUGUUUUUAAAUGCAUUUAGACGCUGCGUGGGACGCGCACAGAGGGGGAAGACAAUCCCGGAAAUAACACGCGUACACGCAGCCGGUCACGUACGCUCUGGAGUGGAUUUGCAUUGCUGUGGGCUGCUCAACCCAACUCAAGCUGAAAAUGUUUCUACAAUAGUGCACGCCACCAGACAUCUCGGAGGUGGAGGGAUGCUUGCAAAGGAAAAACAAAAGUCGGAGCUGAAAGUGGUUGCAACAGAGCUCCUUUCCGUCACGGCGCUUGGUGAGAAGAUGAAGCGCGGACGUGGGCUACGUGCAUAUCCUACGGCUCAUGAUGAGAUGAAAUGGAGCGUUGGGGGCUGAAGGACCUUUUAAAGCCGAUAUCGGUCACAGCUUCAGCGCCUCAGAAUAAAAGGAUCAGCGGACAGCAGCUUGUUUGUUCACCGGCAGAAAUUGUGUACACUUACCCGGCGGACAUGGGGCUCAAUGGUUUGUGCGGGCCCGCAAUCGGGGGUCCGAACACUGAAGAUUUUCUCGUGGGUCUCGCCGACCCCCCUGGACUCACGACCCCGACGAAACAAUGCAGAACCGGCGUGCCGCUCUACAACGGUGAUGUCGCAUCUCCGUCUGUGGAGGGGAGCCCACCAGGUGCAUUAGCUCAUACGCCAAACCCGGCGCAGAUAAAGUGCACAGCAGGGACCCCCGUAUACCCUCUGAGCAGCAGAGCCUGUCUAGUGGAGAAUGGGGACCCCGUUUUGAUGAGGAGGACCAACAAUGAACUUAGAGCCAGACAGCUUAAAAGGAGAGGUGGAGAGAACCGGGACUUGGGAUCUGAGACACUAGAUUUAAGUUGUUCAGAAGAUUCAGUUUUUGCCAUAGGGGAGUCUGACUUGAAGCGGAGGAGGUUGGCCGAUGGAAAUAUUGCUCCCAAAUGUUCCAGGCUGACUGCCGACUGCAGUAAAAGUUGCUAUGGUAACCAGGUGAUUUCCAGUCCUUGUGUCGCUCCCCAGACACCCCUGGCCCCUGCGCUCCCCCCGAGUAUCCAACACAACAUAUAUCAGGUGGCAACCCCCGGCUUGCACGGUCAGACCUCCCCCUUGGAGGCAAACGGCAUCCUGACUCUGUCCCCUCCGGAGGGUGCCGGCUGGACGGCGGAACACAUCGCCCUGCAGUACAUCGUGCCCUGCAUGAAGUACUACGGCAUAUUUGUGAAGGACCACUUCCUCGGCCCUACGCUGGGCGAGCGGGUCUUGGAGGAGGUCGAAGUCUUAAACCAAAGCGGGAAAUUCCGGGGCGGACAGCUGGUGAGCCAAAAAGGCAUUCCCUCCCGAAGCAUCCGGGGCGACCAGAUUGCCUGGGUGGAAGGACAUGAGACUGGAUGUAAGAACAUCGGGACGCUGAUGACCCAUAUUGAUGAAGCUGUCAUGUACAGUGCGGCCAACGGACAGCUGGGGGACUGCGUCAUUAACGGACGGACGAAGGCCAUGGUUGCUUGUUACCCAGGUAACGGUGCCGGAUAUGUCCGUCAUGUGGAUAACCCCAAUGGCGAUGGACGCUGCAUUACGUGUAUCUACUAUCUGAACAAAAACUGGGACGUCAAGAUGCAAGGAGGGUUGCUGCAGAUCUACCCUGAAGGCAAGAAUGUGGUUGCAAAUAUUGAACCCUUGUUUGAUCGACUGCUAAUAUUCUGGUCCGACCGCCGGAACCCACAUGAAGUCAAACCAGCCUAUGCUACUCGCUAUGCCAUCACAGUCUGGUACUUUGAUGCCAAAGAGCGAGCAGAAGCGAAGGAGAAAUACAGACUGGCAACGGGACAGAAGGGUGUUCAGGUGCCUGUCAGUCAGAACAGCAGGGCAUGAAUCUCAUCUUAAUGACCGGAGAGCAAGCAUGGAAGCACCAUGUGUCUUUCUGAGCUCUUAAUGGACGUCAUAAAGGAAGUCGCUGUUAAACUGUCACCCCCUUUCUGCAUUUAUGGAGCGUAGCGGACAUCAAGUCUUGCGGCUUGGUGAUAUGAGAGGAAACAAGUGGUCCUCUUCUUCAAACAAUCUGACUUCUCCCAGGUUUUUUUGUCUGCAUUUAUUGAUAUGUCAGGUCAAAGAGGAGAAACUAUAAUACAGCGAGGAGAAUGUGGUACUUGUUCAUUCAGUACUGACUUUACACACGAAGCUGAGUUAUUGCGAUCUUUCAAAUGAGAGAGGCUUAUUAAACAUUUCAGGACUGAAUUUCAAUAAUGCACAUAGCAUGUGGAAAAACUUUACGCGUUGGGAUCUCUGUAGAAACGAUGUGGACAGAUCACACUUCAUAGUCUCAAACAGGGUCUCAUGUAAUUGUGUGCGUGUCAUACCAUACACCUUUAUGCAUACCUCGUACUUGUUUAAAGUACCAGUAGAAUAUAAAAACAAGUUGACUUCAUAUGCUUAACUGUUUCAUUGUAUCAAUUAAACAAUAACCUGUUGUAUUUACAAUAUACAAAGUAUGUGAAAAUACCUUUAAACCAUCUCAAAAUGCCACAAUAUCAGACGGCCAUUUAGAAUAUUCUGCUCCGAAACUCUUCGGCAAUUUCCGUAGAUUCGGGGUCGGAUGAUGUCACGGUGCACUCUGGCUAUAUCAGCUGAUCAGUCAUACUGGAAAUGUGCAAACACUAAAAAGAGAUGCGCGGUUUAUCAAUCAUAAAUCCUACAAAAAACAUCAAAACAUUGUUCUUUUUUUAUGCAUUCUAAGUCUUAAAUUAGAAAGCUAACAAUAGAGUCAGUUGGAGCUCUCUGUUCCGCCCACAAAACCCCAAUAACCAUCCAAAACCCACCAACUGAGGGUGUAACAGUAUGUGUAUUUGCAUUAAACCGUUUCGGUACGGGGGUUUCGGUCCGGUUCCGAGGUGUAUCGAACGAGUUUGUAAUCUAAAGUCUUAACAAGCUGCUCUGCUUUCUGCCUCUGUCUCAGCACCCAGCAUUGUCCCACCCAAACAACCAUCUAAUUGGUUACAUACAAAGCCAAUCAGCAGUGCAUAUUCAGAGCGAUGUAACAGCCAUUCAGCAGUGCCUAUUAAGAGCGCAUGUAGUCAAUGCUUCAGCGUCGAACAGAUAUGUGUUUAGCAUGUGAGCAUACGGCAGCGUACUCUCCCCAAAUUAUAAAAACCACCUCCCAGUCACAACUACUACUAACAUCACUAUGAGCCCGUUGACCUUCUAAAAACUUAAACUGCAGCUCAGCUUGCUCGCAGUUCUGGCUUGAGGUGAAGGUUAAUUAGCUUUUAGCGUAACGUUAGCUCAUUUUGCUGUGUGCGUGUGUGUGUUAGGGGCAGCAAAGCCCUGUCUGUCUGUUAUUUCACAUGAACUCCAUGGUGUUCAGGGAUGAAUAGCCUCUCAUUGCUAUUGUAAUAUUUUUUCAGCUAUAGUUACAUGAAUCAUUAGUAAUGUAGCAGCCUAGUUUUGAAUGGCAGGGUCCCUGCUAUCACAUGUUGACAAAAAUAUAACAUUUACUUAAUAAAAGUCAACUACAGGCUUCCCAAAUGCUGUAAUAAAUUAAGCAUGAUUAAUUGACUUGAAACUGUUUAAUGCUGUACUUUUUAAUGUAGAAGAAAGGUUUUGUCAUUUUAUUUAAUCAAAGCAACAACUUGAGGCAGUUUAAUGUGGAUUAACGUGGGCAGAAUUAUUAUAGUGUUGCCAAUGUUAAAAGGAUAAAGCCAUUGUUUACAAAUUUGGUAAAUAAAUAACCAAAAAAUUUUAUAUUUUGUUUUCUUACUGUACCGAAAAUGAACCGAACCCUGACCUCUAAACCGAGGUACGUACCGAAGCGAAAUUUUUGUGUACCGUUACACCCCCUACCACCAAAAAUAUUUACAUAUCGUGACCUGAAAAAUAACCAAAUAAUAGCGAUAUUGCUAUUACAUGCUCUUACGCAGACUAACUAUUCUUUAGCCGCGCAUUGAUAAGCACAAAAUGUCGCUUAUGUGGAUAUUAGGAGAAUUUAGCAAUGAAUCUAAAAGGUGUUUAUCUGAUACAUUCAAUUUAUACCUCGGAGAUCGCGACAAAGACAGGACAACUGAAGAUGGUGUCUUUUUAACCCUUUGUGUAUAUAAUGAUUAUCAUAAUUCAUCUAAAUUAGAAAAUAUGGACAUCCUGUCAGUCGUCAUCGCAGUGAGAGCAGACAUUGUACAGUAAGCUAUCAAUUUUUUAUGUUUGUAGUUUGUAUUUCUUGUUUAGCACUUAGCAAUACGGCUACAUGAUGCUUAGUGUUUCGCUGAAGUUGGAUCUGUUCAGCAGAGCUUCUAAAACUUGUAGCUCACCCCCUUGUAUUUCGGAUAAAAAAACAUAAGGUUUUUCAUAAUUUUUCCCAAAGUAAUCGUCGUUGGCUCUCACAAAUUCGGCGGGAUUUGCAUUGUUGUUGGUGGGAAAGGGAUCUGUGGGUCUCACUUGUGACUGGCCUUCUCGUUAUUUUUCAAAAUGGCUCGGGAAUCUCCUGUGAGAUUUAUACAAUUUCGAUCAUAUGUAUUUACUCGCAAACUUUUUGGUAGUCUUUUGGUGUCAUAAACCAGAUAUACAGUGUAUGAUAACAGCUUCAAUAUAAAGGCAACUUGUUUUUCUAUUCUACUGGUACUUUAAACAUGACAAAAACAGUACAAAAGUGCAUUGCAGAAAAUGUAACUAAAAGAGGUAACUACUGUAGAUGCUCUAAUUCUAGAAUGUAUUUACUGGAAUCGCAGUUGUAAACAACAGUAUGGCAAGUUUUAGCAUGCAUGAGUUUCACAACUUUUGGACACCAAGCUCCUGAUGACAAUACAAGAUUCUGACGUUAAUUGAAUAAAGGCACAAAUUGGAGCAUUUACAAUAUACAGUAUUUAGAAUGGAAAAGGGAUAGUGCACACUUAGCGCCACACCUGUAUUAUGCAAAAUUAAGAUGAGCGCUAAUAUUACAAAAAGUCUUAGACUAGUUGAUUCACAAUUAUACAAUACUAUGCGGCAUUAAAAAAUACAUAACCCAUGAAAAAUUUGAUUCUGAAGUGAAAACUGAUCAUUGUUAGCUUUUUGAUACAUAUCUUGUAUUAUAUUAGAAUAUUGUGGUGUGUUUAAUCCUCAUUAGUAAGACAAUUCAUUCAAAACAUGUUUAGUACUAAGCACAAGUUUUGGCACACUCACUAUAUGUGAGCUGCAGUGUUGCGUGUGUGUGUGUGUGUGUGUGUGUGCCAGUGUGACUCUUCAAAUGUGUGUUUGAACACAUUAGAACUACUGUUCUGAUGAUGGUUACAGAUGUUGUGUUUGCCUGGUUUAGGGGGAAAAAAGUUUGUUUUACAAAAAAAAAAGCACUUUAUCGAGUGAAAUGUGACUAUUACCAGGCAGUUGAGGUAGUAUGUUAUUAAAAAAAAAAAAAAAAAAAAGGCCAGCCAGUGCCAGAUAAAGCUAAUCUUGACUUGCUGUAGUGGUUGAAGAAAACGCAAUAAUGUAUGUUAUAGUUUUUUUUUUUUUUUAUGACUGACAACAAUCAAACUUUGUGAAAUGCCGUGUGAAUGAUUUAAAAAAAAUAAAAAUUAAACUCUGUAAGAUUGAA